CUCCGCAGCCAAAGGACCGAAGCACACCAUAGUGACCAGGCAAAACACCAUUCUCAGUUACUUGACUGAGAGAGCUGUUGGGCCCUGGAAUCGCAGCGCUGUGUGGUGUACCCCUCGCAGCUCCACUCACAUUACACGAGCCCUCUAGUAAAGAGCCGAGGCGCUUGCCCGCCCCGGGCCAAUCGUCAUAUUAGUCACCAGCAAGUGACAUGGCAGAAAGGAUGUCCGUCGACAAGAAAGACCUCGUCAAGGAUGACAGCGAAGAGUCAAUGGGCUCUAGUCCCGAUGCCGAACAUACCACCAACAAUAACGGCAACCACAACAGCAACAACACCGCUGCCCAGGAGAAUCAGCAACCGAAACGCAAGGGCGGUCGAAAGCCGAUAUAUGCGACAUCAGAAGAAAGGAAGCAACGCAAUCGCCAGGCUCAAGCUGCUUUCCGGGAGAGACGAACAGAGUACAUCAAGCAAUUGGAGGAAACGAUCCGCGUUCAUGAGCAGAACCUCCACAGCCUCCAGGCGGCCCACCGCCAUGCCGCCGAUGAGUGUCUCAUGCUUCGGUACAAGAACUCUCUCCUAGAACGUAUUCUUCUCGAGAAAGGUAUUGAUGUCCAGGCUGAGCUUCGUGCCAAAACUGGCAGUCCCAACCUCGGUCCAACUCAGGUCCCCCAGACUCUGGUGCAACCGCCCCCGAUUCAACGGGCCAUGUUGAACAGGCACCAUGCGCGUCGGUCAAACUCGAGCAUCGCCCCCAAACUCGAACCGGGUAUCAACCUCUCGCCUCGCCCACCGCCUCUGCAAUCCAAUCGUCCACAGUCCUCUGCCGCAUCCCCAAAGACACGCCCCACCCCGCCAUCACAUUCCGCUUCUCCAACCGCGACGACCUUCGGCUCCCAGCAUGUGGCUUCACCGGCGGGAUCCGUAUCCGAGAACAUGACCAGCCAAAUCCGACCACCGUUGAAGGCGCAACCCCCUCAGGUGGGCGCCAUGGCUGGGAUGGCCCCGACGACGACGGCCACCCGCCAGAUGCAAAUGGUUGGAGCACAACCAGCAGCAACAGCAGCCCAAUCGAGGGUACGACCUGGUGUUAGUGCCGCUUCUUUCUACACGACACCGGCCUUCCAAAAUCAUAUUGAACAACUAGAGCAGGAGUACGACGUCGCUGCCGAUAUGAUGGACGAUCACGUCGAGUCACCCGAUACCCCGAGCGGCCCCGGCCCGUACCCCGGCGCUGCCUUUGGCGACGCGCCCCAACCAAUGACACUCUCAUCCCCGGUAACGUCUGCGCCACCCGGCGGUCAACAAAUGUCUGGCCCGUCCGCCAUGGAUGGAGUUACGCACACUCAGCACAGCAAUUAUCCAUCCAUGACACAGUUGCUAGAUCCCGGCCUUGACUGGGACCCAUUUGGCUUGAGCGCAAGCAUGGCAUUCCCAACCCAGUUUUCGUUCGACACGAGCAACAUGAGGUAAAUCCCUCUUGGAAAUCGGACCAGAUGAAACAGUCGGUUUCCAGGCAUUCCUCGCAAUCCCAGCGGAAUCUCUGGGAGAAGCCGGAGGAGGGAAUGACGGGGGGCGUUGGGGCAGUCUGGUCAUCAGGCAUCGCCCCUUGAGUUUUC